AAUAUAUUUUUUAAGCAUAUUUGUUUUAAAUCUGGAGGAAUUUUUAUUAGUACAACUAAAAUAUUAUAAUAUAUUGACUACUGAUUAUGUUCGUGACGUAAUAUGAUUUUUUUUGUUUGUGUAUGGAAAAAUGGUACAACGUAAUAAGCUAAGUGUCAAGUAAAAGUGAUUAUAAUCGAAACUUCAGAAGUAGUUAGUAUAGUUAAAAAUAUUAUAUACUACUAUCUAUAAAAAAAAUAAUUUCUAAAUAGUCAAUAUAUCAAGUCAAUCGAAAAUGACUGAAAAGACUUUAAAGCUGGUGCCGUCCGACAAUAAUUUGCUGAAGAGUGAAGUGAUCGACUUGAGAAGCGAUACAGUAACAAAACCAGAUAUCCACAUGCGUCAAGCAAUGUUCGACGCCGAAGUCGGUGACGACGGUUAUAGCGAGGAUCCCACCAUAAAUCUUUUAGAAGAAAAAUCAUCACAAUUAUUUGAAAAGGAAGCGGCAAUAUUUUUACCAAGCGGACUCAUGGGAAAUUUGAUUGCAAUGAUGGUUCAUUCAAAACAACGCGGAGGUGAAAUAAUAGUAGGCCAUAAAAGUCAUAUUUUGCUGUGGGAACAAUGUGGAGCUUCACAGAUUGCCGGGUUGCAAAUGCGAGAAGUUACGAAUUUAAACGAUGGUACUCUGGACAUGACAGAGUUAAUUGGAAAAUUACGACCGGAGUUCCCAGACCCUCACGAACCAUAUACUACACUAGUAUGCAUUGAAAACACUCACAACUAUUGUGGCGGUACUGUAUUGCCUAUCGAAUGGAUUGAUCAGUUGGGAAAACUGACCAAAAAGCGAAACAUACCUUUACAUAUGGAUGGAGCUAGAGUGUUUAAUGCAGCUGUGAGUCUUGGAGUUCCAGUCAGCCGGAUAGUGAAAUAUUGCGAUUCAGUGACGUUUUGCUUGAGCAAAGGUCUAGGUGCACCAAUCGGUUCCAUUUUAAUCGGUGAAAAAUCGUUCAUUGAAAAGGCUAGACGAUUGAGGAAAGUUUUGGGCGGUGCCAUGCGACAAGCCGGAAUCGUGGCUGCGGCGGGACUGUACGCGUUGGAAAAUUGCGUAGAAAGGCUGGCUGACGAUCAUAGAAACGCGAAGAAAAUCGCUGACGCAAUCCAAAGGACGGCAAGUCCAUACGUGACGGUCAACCCAGGCGCACUCGACACAAACAUACUUUUGGUGAACAUUAACUCAUCUGUAGUCGACGCUAAUUACUUCGUUUCCGAGCUGAUAAAGAUAGACCCUGAUGAAAACGACAGUCAAUCGAACAACAAGAUACGAUCGACAGCCGUAAGGAUAUCGGAAAUAAACGAUGCAAGAGUGAGAGUCGUGACGCACAAGAACAUCACCGACGAAGAUGUGGACAUGGCUAUUGAAAAAAUUAAGUACGUCAUUGGAAAAAUCGACACGUACAUCAGUAACCGAUAAUUCAUCUGCCGACUUGCCGUUAUUAAAAUGCACUUUGUACAUAACAUAUUUUAUUUAUAUAUAUAUUUAAAUUUAAAUACUA